AUGAACCGUCCGUCCUUCAGGCCGCGGCCGGUGGACAUCAAUAAGAAGCUCGCGAUUGUCCGAUCGACGGACGAGCUGAACGCGGAGGACGAGGGUAUCCUGCCGGCUCCGUCGAAGAAGGGACCGUCCGUGGAGAUCCCGACGCCGCACUGCGGCGUGGUCGAAGCGUACGACAAGCUCUACCCGGCGAACUUUCGCCAACCGUCGUCGUACAUUCGCAGCAAGCACGUGCGGCAGGACGAUGGCGUGUACGUGGAGUAUGAUUUGGACGACGAGGACGAGGACUGGCUGGAAGUGCUCAACCAGAACAGACUGCUGCUCGCUGCAGACAGGCUGGAGUGGAUGAUAUACCAGAUGGAGCUCCUAGAUGCGCGGGCGAGGGCCAAGGCAGGAACGGCUAUGCUGGCAGGGGCGGAACAGACAGGUGUAUCUGGGCAGGUGGCAUCUGGGGGAGUGCGAGUGCCUGUCCUGCUGCAGCAGCAACAAGCCGUGGAUGCGUUGAGAGCACAAGUACCGAGGCAGGCCAUCAUCGCUGCAGUGUACGACUACUGGCGGUCCAAGAGGGAGCGAUGGGGAAAGCCCAUUCUGAGGCGCCUGCAGCCCUCGCCGGCAAUCACAGACACCAACCCGUUCAACGUGUUCCGACCGAGAGAAAGAGCCCACCGCCCCAACACACGCCGAAUGCAGCGGAGGGAGAAUGACAUGGCAUCAUAUGAAAAGCUCGUGCAGGUCCAGAAGAACAUUGAAGAUGCCUUGCAACUGGCACAGGCUGUUGAGAGAAGGGAGGAGAGGAAGCGGGAACUGAUCCUAUGCGAAGUGACUCUGCAGCAAGCAGCGCUCUCAGAACGGGAAAUCACGGUGCAACAAGCAGAGGCCCUUGGGAUCAUCCCAGACCUCUCCUCCUCCAUCCCCAGGCCUUUCCCUGGAGCCACAUCAGACGACCAACACCAGCAGCAGCAACAAUACCAGCUCUUACCACCUCCUGCUGGCACCACCAUCACCACGACCACCAGCAGCGGCGCCCCUGCCUUUGUCACUCUAGGCGGCCUCCCUCCUGCGAAUCACUUUGACAAUAUCCUCUCAGUCACACGACGCCGGGGCUCCGUCGGAGCAGCAGGAAUAGCAACUGCAGGAUCAGCCGCAGCAGGGGGGAUGACACCUGGAGGAGCAGCAGGAGCAGGGGGGUGGGCCGGGUGGUUACCAGACGCGACUGUAACCUCCGGUCCGGUAACCGAUGCUGUGUCGCCUCUAGACCAUCUUCUCCCGCUGCUGAAGAAAAAGCGGCGGCGGCAGGUGGUGUUUCCCCGAGGAGGCAGGCUGAGCCGCGUGCUUCGUAGCGCCCCUCCCCCCGACAUUCCCAUGCCUUUCACUCGCUCGUUUUCACUUGAGCAGCUGUCUGCAAUGCGCAUACAGCCGCCUCUUCUCUCCCACCGGGCCCCUCCGGCGUCCCUCUGGCCUCCUCCUCCUGGUUCACUCUGCCUCCCGCCGUUGGUACCGUCAUCUGUAUCGGUGGUGGAGGGGAGAGGAGCGGUGGUGGCGAGAGAGGGUGUAGAGUUGAGGGUGAGGGGGAGGGUAGGCAGGGGGGGGAGGUUGAUAUUCGAUCGCUGGGAUGUGAUGGAAGGAAGGCCGUUAGUGGCGCCUGCACCUGCUAUCACUGCCGUUCCUGCUGCCGUGCCUUCUGCCAUUCCUGCUGCCGUACCUGCUGCUGCGGCUGUUGCUGGGCGUGCUGCCGUGCGAGAGGCAAACGAGAAGGAUUUGGCACCAAAUGCGUCCAUGCAGAAUGACCUGCAGAGUGCACCAAAUGACCUGCAGAGUGCACCAAAUGACCUGUCCUUGAGUGGAGCUGUAAGGAAGGAUUUAACCGUCAGCGCUGCUGCUAGGGAGGACUCUCAUCCUCCAGCAACAGCAGCAGCAACAGCAGCAACAGCAGCAACAGCAGCAGCAGCUGCUGGAAGCUCAGAUGCCUCUACUGGUGUAUCAGCAGCGGGGAACUGUGCUGUUCCUCCUCCUCCUGCCUCCGCUCCUUCUCCUGCUCCAAUUGUGUAUGCAUCUGCACCAAUCAACAGUCCUAUUACUUCCACUGUCCCACCCUUUGCUCCUCAAUCGAAGUCCGCUGCUCCUCCUGCAUUCAAUGCUGCACCUGCUACUGUUGCUGGGACUGGUGGUACUGCUGCUCCUCCGGCUGCUGCUGCUGCUGCUGCUGCUGCUGCUGCUGCUGCUGCUGCUGCCACAUCCCAAUCUGCAGCCAUUACCAACCAUUCCGCCACCGCAGCAAUUGCUGCUGUUCCUCACACACGAGCCCUUGCCCCUUUUCCUUCCCCUGCACCUACCUCUGCCCGUGCUUCUGCUGCUGCCGCUGCCGCUGUGCCUGGAACCACUAGACCCAUGACAAAUGUCAAUGGUGCGGGUAUAGGGUCCAAACCUGGACCCAACACUACUGCUGCUGCUGGUGGGGUAGCUUAUAGACGUUCAAACAGUGGAAAGGCUUUUGGGAUAGGCUCUUCCCAACCUGCAGCUGGUAGUAAUGCAGCGGAUGUACGAGGAGCAAGGGGUGGAGUGGGUGUCGGAGGGGUGCAGAGCGGUGUGAGGGAUGUGGGAGGGGUAAGAGGUGGAGAAGGGGGUGUAGGAGCUGCACGGGGUGGGGUGGGUGCAGGGGCGGUUAGGGAUGGUGCUGCUGGGUCAAAGGCUACAGUCCCAGGGGUGCCAGACUUGAAGACUCGAAGGGGUUCGUUGGAAGGGGGAGAAGGAAGGGUGGUUGGGGGGAUGAAGGAGAAGGAAAAGGGGGAGGGGGAUCUGGGGAGGAGAGAAGGUGACAAGAGCAGGAGGGAUGGAACGAGGGAGGGAAGAGGAGAGGGGAGUGUGAGGAAAGUAGGAGAGAGUGAGAGGAGGGACGGGGAGAGGGAGAGGAGGGACGGCGACAGAGGGAGAAGGGAAGACGAGAGGAGGGGGCGGGAGGGAGAACGGGACAAGAAGAGAGAUGUUCCGAGAGAGGUGAUUAAGAUUGUUGAUGUGAGGGAUAUUAUAGCGUCGUCCUUGCAGGGUAGAGACAGACGAAAGGAGGUGGUACUUAGUGCUGGUCUCAGGCGGGGGGGGAGUAAGGGAGGGGAAAGUGGAGGAAGGGAGGAAAGAGCGGUGGGUACGGGUGAGGAGGGAAGAGGGAGUAGAUGCGAGAAGGGGAGAGAGGAGGGUGUGAGAGAAGGGUUGGGAAGAGAAGGGCGCGUGGGAGGGGAAUCAGCAGAGCGAGAUUUUAGAAGCAAUGAGACUUUCAAUUCGCCUGCAGGGUUCGCGGGGGGGAGGCACUGUGAUAGCAGUGACAGGGAUGGGAGAAGGCGUGGUGUUGAGAGAGUGGGUGAGAGCCUCAGAGGAGGGGGUUUUGUUGAGGGAGACAGGAGGAGACAUCUGUUUGAAGAGAAGAGGCUUGGAGAAAGCAGCAGAGGGCACAAGGAGGAGAGGAGCCUGGGUGGGGUUAGGGGUGUGUUGUCUCCUCAGGAGAGGAAUCUGGGAGGGCUUUCUGGGCGGCAGGUCGAGAAGGAGGCAAGCAUGGGAGAGGGUUCAGGGCAACACGCAGGGAGGGAAGACAGGUGGAGGAUGAGGGGAAUGGAGGAGUUGGGCUAUGGCGGUAGAGGAAGGGAAUUUGGGCGGGGAGGGAGGGGAGGUGCGCGUUGGGAUGGUGGGCGGGAUGAUGCUGCUGCUGCUGCUGGUGGUGGUGGUGGUGGUGGUGGUGGUGGUGGUGGUGGUGGUGGUGGUGGUGGUGGUGGUGGUGGUGGUGGUGGUGGUGGUGGUGGUGGUGGUGGUGGUGGUGGUGGUGGUGGUGGUGGUGGUGGUGGUGGUGGUGGUGGUGGUGGUGGUGGUGGUGGUGGUGGUGGUGGUGGUGGUGGUGGUGGUGGUGGUGGUGGUGGUGGUGGUGGUGGUGGUGGUGGUGGUGGUGGUGGUGGUGGUGGUGGUGGUGGUGGUGGUGGUGGUGGUGGUGGUGGUGGUGGUGGUGGUGGUGGUGGUGGUGGUGGUGGUGGUGGUCGGGGUGAUGGGAGUCGUGAUGGGGUUGGCAGAUGGAUGGACAGGAGAGGCGGGCGGGGAGGGCGUGGGUGGGGAGAGCGAGGGGGUGGGAGAUUUGAGGGUUCUACCUGUACUGCUUUCCCUCAUAGUGCCAUGGCGCUUGGUGCUGCUCGUGAUGGUGCGGUGGGUAUGGGUGCUGCUCGUGAUGGUGCGGUGGGGAUUGGUUUUCAGGAUAGAAGAAUGACUGCAGCAGGAGAGAGGGGUCAGACAGAGAGAGGAGGGGCAGAGAGGGGAGGGGCAGAGAGGAGUGGAGAAGAGAGGAGAGGGGCUGAAAGUAACUCAGUCUGUAAGAGUGAACCAGUGGGGGAAGGCGGUUCGUUUGAAGGCGCUGGUGCGUUUCUUGAUGCUCCUCCUGGGUUCGGCCCUCCUGCUUUUAUCGCAGCUGCUUAUAAGAGGGCGUCAGGUGGAGAGACCACAGCACCAGAGGCCGGGGCAGGGAAACUAGUAGGAGCAGCAGCAGGCGUUGUGAAUGAGAGUGGAGAUAGAAUGUUUGGGGCAAAGGUGUGUGCAGCAGAGGGAGGGGGAGCAAGGAUGGGAACAGAGAUACAAGGAGGGGCGGGUGUAGAAAUGGGAGUAGAGGCGGGAGCAGGGAUGGGAGCAGGGAUGGGAGGAGCGAUGGGAGCAGGGGCGGGAGGAGAGGGGUAUGCGGUGGGGAUGGGUGCGGAGGAGUGUGAUGCGUGGUGCCUUCUGGAUGAAACGCUGGGGGCAACAAGUGGGCCUUUCCCUUUCAGUCACGUUCAGCAGCAGUUUGCAACAGGGGAGCUUCCGGAUCAUAUCCUGGCCUACCCGGAAGGCUCGGAUGCCGAGCCUAUGCCCCUGGCUCGGGUGCUGAAAGGGGAAGCUUCCGUGCUGCUUCACUUUGGGGUGUCCCUUCCGUUCAACUCCUUGCCUACAGCAUCUCAACAGCAACAGCCAGAGUUGAGAAUGCAGGAUCCCGAGCAGCAGCAACAAGAGCAGCAACAGCAGCAGCAGCAGCAGCAGCAGCAGCAGCAGCAGCAGCAGCAGCAGCAGCAGCAGCAGCAGCAGCAGCAGCAGCAGCAGCAGCAGCAGCAGGAGGAUCAGAAUCAGCAGGGAAGACAAGGCACCCAAGGGGCCGUUCUCUAUUGUGAUGCUGAGGUGGUGGCUGCAGUGUGGUGUGGGCAUCUCUUACCCAGCCUCAUGUUAUCAGACAUUCGCAACAUGCACGCUCCUCCCAUCUCCCUGGGGUUUCUGCUAGGGAGACACCCGUCUAAGCCACAGCAGCAGCAACAUCAGCACCAGCAACAGCAGCAGCCGCUGCAGCAGCAACAACAGCAGCAGCAACCGCUGCAGCAACAACAACAGUACCAGCAGCACCAACACCAGCAGCUACUCCCUUCCUCCACCCCUCCAUCCCUCGACGCCCUCUUUUCCUCCUCACUCUCUCUCGUCCGCACCCGCCUGCAUACCAUAGUGCUGCAAUCGCUGCACUGCCCCUCCUUCCUCAACGCUGCUGUUGGUCCCCACCUCACCUCUGCUCUCUCUAACCGUGCCUCUCCUCCUUUCCCCCAUCCCCUCCAUCCCCUCCCGGCUUCCCUCCCCGUGCCACGUCCUCCUCCUCUCCCACACUCCCCUCCUCCUACCCUCCCUCACUCCCCUCCUCACCACCUUUACUCACCUCCUCCCAUCCUCCCGCACUCCCCUCCACCGCUAUCCUCCGCGUUGAAUCUACUGCAGUCCACAUCCCGAGGGUCAGAGUGGGGUAGGAGGGUUGCUGCUUUGGCAGAAGCCACCACUGCUAGACUGGCUGCCUCAGAGGGUCGAAGGUACAAGAAGCGCGAGGAAGAGCAAGCGCAAGAGAAAGAGCAGGAGAAAGGGCAAGAGGGUCAGCAUGAGCACUGGGAACAGCAGCAAUUGCAGCAGCAGCAGCAGCAGCAGCAGCAGCAGCAUCUGGGAGGGGCUGAGGCUGAUUUUGAGACGUCAGGGCCUCCUGGGUUUGAGACGUCUAGAGAUUCAGUACCCCCGGGAUUUCAGCUGAGGAAAACCGAUGCGGACGGGCAGGGAAAAGGAGGGGCGGAGAGGAGGGAUGAGGGACGGGUGAGAUCUGAGGAAAGAAAGGGGAGAGAGAGCGUGGAUGAGGCAAGCUAUGUGGAGGAGGGAGGAAACGAGAUGGUGAGGGAGCAAGAGAAGAGAAAGGAUGAGGACUUAACGAAGAGCAGUGGUGAGAGCGGGGAUGAUAAGGUUGAGGGAAUUAGAGUGAGGGGGAAGAGUGGAGGAGGUGAGAUGGUUGGGGCGUUGGGUGGGGAACGAGUGAAGGAUUUAGCACAUUUUCCAGCAGGGGUGAAAGGGAGUUCUGCUAUAGGGGGAGGAGUGGUGAAGGGGAAGAGAGGCGGCUUUGAGAUGGGAGGAGGAUUGGAAGGGCGAAAGGGACAUGGUGAGGAGAAGAAGGUGCCAAAGGGGGAGGAAAGCGAGGAGGAAAAGGAAGGGGGGCAGGAUCCCUGGUCACUUGAGGAUGUGGACUUAACCACCGAAUUGAACCGGCAAAGCGCUCAUGGUGGGAAUCACAAGGGCUCGUCUCACGGUCGCAGAAAUGGGCAGAUUAUCAGGGAUUUGCACGGUGGCAUUGGUGUGACGGAUAUGGAUGAUGGCAGCCGAGGAUUGACUGGGGAUGGGGGGAGGGAGGAUGGUAGUAGGGAUGGGUUGAGUGAGGAGGAAGGAAGCGAGGGUGACAGGGGCGGAGGUAAAGCAAGUGCAGGCGAGAGGGGUGUGAGCGAGAGGAGGAGUGCAGAUGUGAAAGGGAAAGAUGAGGGGACGAAGGUUGAGAGUCCACAGCCCCUGUCCGCCCUUCAGACGCUGCUAAGCAGCAGCAUAGGCAAACCAAGAGCGGCUUUUGAAACGUGUCAGAAGGUGGUGCUAGUGAGUAGCAGCAUAGGCAAACCAAGAGCAGCCUUUGAGAUAUCUCAGAAGGUGUUGUUGGUGACUGGCAGUAGUCGUGGUGGCGGGAUGUUGCUGAGGAAUAAGGGGGAAGAAGAGGAAGAGGAGGAGGAGAACGAGGAGGACGGAGACGGAGUGGAGGAGGAGGAGGUGGAGGAAGAGGAAGAAGAGGAGGAUGAGGGAGAGGAAGAGGAAAGUGAGGAGGAGGAGGAGGAAGAAGAGGAUGAAGAGGAGGAAGGGGAGGAGAGCGAAGAGGAGGAAGGGAGCGCUAAGCAGCGGUCAGUGGAGGGAAGUGUCGCUGUCUCUCAACCGCCUGCCUUCCUCUCACUCACAACAGCACCUCCCUCCGUCACACCUCCCACGCUCUACAUCCAUUCUCCAACACUCCUCCCCUUCCUUCACCCCCUCGAUCCGUCUGGUCUCUUGGGCCAACACGGCUCACCGCCUCUCCUUUCGCUCCGCACUCCAAACCGAAGCUGCAGCUUUGGCAGCCGAAGGGUAUUGGAUGGGAAAGCGAGGAAGGCCGGUGGGUAUAAGGGCAGCUACCUGGACUGGGGUGUGGGGGCAAGGGGAAGCAGGGAUAUGGGUACUAAAACGGUUAAUGGUGAUGGGCUGGCUGGCGGUGGUGUGGGGACGGGUCACGUUGGUGGGGUUGGGGAGAGAACGGCAGGGGCUGCUUUGGUGAAGGUGCAGGGUGAUGGGAAAAGUGCUUUCAUGGCUGCUUUUGAGCAGCGGUUGCAGGCAGAGUUUCAGGCGAUGAGAAGUGGUGGGCAGGGUAUGGGACAUGUGGUGGUUGAAGGGGGAGAGAGGAUAAAGACGGAGAUUGGGGGAGGGGAAGGUGAGAGGGAAGGGGAUGGGAAAGGUGGGGAGAAGCGAGAGGAGAGAGGAGAGGAGUGGCGGAAAGGAGGAGUGGAGAGCGGUGGGAUGGGCAGAUGGGGUCCUUCUUAUUAUCACAUGGAUCAUGGUGCUUAUAGGCAGGGUGGUAGUGCAGAGAGGGAUGUGAUUGUAGGGAGGGGCAAGGAGGAGGGGAAAGGCGAGCAAAUGGAGAAGCGGGAGCAAAUGCCAGAAAGUGGGAGAGGUGGGGAACUGCAGUCAGGUGUUGCGACACACAGGAAGGACGAUUGGCGUGAGGAGUGGGUGAGAAGGAAGAUGAGACAGACACAGAUGGAGGUGGAAAGGGAGCGGGAGAGGGAGAGAGAACGAGAGAAGAGGAGAGCGAGGGAGGGAGGAGGUGAGGAAAAGGGCAAGCACAGGAGGAGGAAGGAGAAGAAGAGAAGCAAGAAAAGCCGGUUUGCAGAAUGGUCAUCUGAAGAGUGGAUGGGAGCAGAUGAGGGAGAGGAGAGGGGAGAGGAAGGGAGGUCCGGUGCAGGUGUAUUUGCUAAGAGAGGGGGUGAUUGGGAGGGGAAGAGAGAGCAUGAGAGAGAGCAGGAGGAGGGGAGUGAGAGUGAUUCAAGAGGUGAGAGUAGGGGGAGGAAGAAAUGGAAGAAGAAGAAGAAAAGAAGGAAGGGUGACGGGGAAGAGGGGGAUGGUAGUGGGAGCGAAGAAAGAGAAAGAGACAAGGAGGAGAAGGGUGAAGCCAGCUGGCGCGUUCCUAUUGGCACAGAGCGCCAGCUCAUGCGAUACCUUCAGAAAGCUUCAGCUGGUCCAAUCCACGGUUCAGAAGCUGGUGCUGCUUCUGCUGCUGCGUUUAGAAAAUCGAAGUCUUCUGAAUCGGUUCCGAUCCCACAUGCAGCUGGAGCGAGGAGAAAGAAAAAGUCUGUUGGUGUACAUUCAGGUGGAGCGAGGACAGAGAGGCAGAUUAUUCUGGCUACCAGGCAGGCGGAGGAACAACCAGGUGGGCUGCUGGGUCAGGGGAGUGGGGAGGAGGAGGAGGAGGUGGAGAGGGAGGAGGAAGAGGCGGAACAGGAGGAGGACGAUCAUGCGAAGAGGGAGGACGAUCAUGCGAAGAGGGAGGACGAUCAUGCGAAGAGGGAGGACGGAUAUUUGAAGCGAGAGGAAGGAGGUGACUUCGAGAGAGAGCUGGAGGGGAUGGUGUCUGCGCUGGGUGAUGGUCAUGGGGAGGGUGCGGGGAUGCAUUGGGGAAUGGAGGAGGAGGAAGAGGAGGAGAGGAGGAAAAUGCGGAAGAAACAGAAGCUGGAGGAGGGGGGCUGGGAGGAAAGACAGGAGAGGAAGGAGAGGAGGGAGCAGGAGAAGAGGGAGAAGAGGGAGAAGAGAGAGAAGGAGAAGAAGGAAAGGGAGAGGAAGCGGAGGGAGAGAUCGUCGUGUGCACGUGUGGAAUGGGGCGGAUGGGAGUGGAGAGAGCACGUGAAGCAAGCAGCACAGAGAGAAGCUCUUAAGCAACGAGCUGAGGCGUACUAUAAAGGGGAUAGAGGCGAGGGCGCGGGAGAAUGGGAAGAAGACGGCUCAGGGCCGGGCGCAGGAGCGUCCAUGCGCACACCUCGCCUGCUCUCCCGGGCCAAUCUCUCGCAAGCCAACCUCCUGGGUUCCUCUUCCCGCCUCCCUCUGUUUGCUUCUGCUGGGGGGGGUGGUGGAGUGGGGUUGCUAGGAGGAGGAGGAGCAGCAGGGGAGGAAGCAUGGGAGGGGAUGGGUACGGGCAAUAGCAUGGGGAGUGGUGCCCUCACACUAAUCGGCAGUGCAAGGAGCAGCAGGGCGUUGCUGAGGCAGCUCGCGGUGGGUUCAGAGGGGUUGGAAGGGGUGAGGUUCAAGCAGCUGAAGGGGAGGAAGAAGAACCUGAAGCUAGUGAGGAGUCGGAUACAUGGAUGGGGGCUGCUGUCCCUGGAGCGGAUCGAAGCAGGGGAUUUCAUCAUCGAGUAUACCGGGACGAUUAUCCGGCGAUCGGUGUCAGAGCUGCGGGAGAGGAUGUACGAAGCAGAUGGCAUUGGUAGCAGCUAUCUGUUUCGAGUGGACGAGGAUGUGGUGGUGGACGCCACUCGCAGCGGCGGCCUCGCUCGUUUCAUCAACCACUCGUGUGAUCCCAACUGUUACACCAAGGUGAUAGUGGCGGACGGGCAGAAGCACGUGGUGAUCUACUCCAAGCGGGUCAUCCAAGUGGGGGAGGAGCUCAGUUAUGAUUACAAGUUUCCUAUCGAGGAUGAUGCCAAGAUCCCCUGCCUCUGCCUGUCUAGAAAGUGCCGAGGCUACCUCAACUGA